AAGGCACUCAUUUUUUGGAUACUGCUCUAAGCACACACAGGCACUGCAAAACUAAGAAGAGGUUGUCUUAGCAUAAUAACUCACAGGAAUACUUCAAGAUGACCAAGCAACCAGAAAACGAAGAAACCGGCAAGUUCCUUUUCCUUGACAAUGACAUCAAAAACAGCGGGGUGGCCCAGGCCGACUGGUCGGCCAAAAAGAUGGUGUGGAUACCUUCAGAAAGGGAAGGUUUCCAGUCAGCCAGCAUCAAAGAAGAGACAGGGAAUGAGGUGGUGGUUGAGCUCGCCAAUGGACAGAAGAUGACCGUCAGCAAAGAUGAAAUCCAGAAAAUGAACCCACCCAAGUUCAACAAGGUUGAAGACAUGGCUGCACUGACCUGUCUGAACGAGGCCUCAGUGCUGCACAACCUCAGGGAGAGGUAUUUCUCAGGUCUCAUUUACACUUACUCAGGCCUCUUCUGUGUGGUGGUGAACCCCUAUAAGUUGUUGCCCAUCUACUCUGAGAAGAUCAUUGAGAUGUACAAGGGGAAGAAGCGUCAUGAGGUUCCUCCCCACGUCUAUGCCGUCACUGAUAAUGCUUAUAGGAACAUGCUGCAAGAGCGUGAGGACCAGUCUGUUCUCUGCACCGGUGAGUCAGGUGCUGGAAAAACUGAAAAUACCAAAAAAGUCAUCCAGUACCUUGCAGUCGUGGCAUCAUCACACAAAGGGAAGAAAGAUGCUGGCUCUCAACAAAAAGGAACCCAGUUAGCAUUUGGUGAGCUAGAGAAGCAGCUCCUGCAGGCCAAUCCUAUUCUGGAGGCAUUUGGCAAUGCAAAGACCAUCAAAAAUGAUAAUUCCUCAAGAUUUGGUAAAUUUAUUAAAAUCAACUUUGACAACACCGGCUACAUCGUUGGAGCGAACAUUGAAACCUACCUCCUGGAAAAGUCUCGGUGUAUCCGACAGGCCACAAUCGAGAGAUCCUUCCACAUCUUCUACUACAUGGUGGCUGGAGCCAAAGACAAAAUGCGAGAGGAGCUCUUGCUUGAAGAUUUUGGUAACUACCGUUUCCUGGUGGCUGGGCAUGUGCAGGUACAAAACCAGCAAGAUGAUGAGAUGUUUGAAGAGACUCUGGAAGCCAUGGAAGUCCUAGGAUUCAAUGAGGAGGAAAGAUUAGGCAUGUUGAAAGUAUGUUCUACUGUGCUACAACUGGGAAACAUUGAGUUUAAAGCAGAGAAAAAUCAGGAGCAGGCCAGCAUGCCAGACAACACAGCUGCACAGAAAGUGUGCCAUCUGCAGGGGAUUAAUGUGAUUGACUUUACCAAAGCUAUUCUCACUCCUCGCAUCAAAGUCGGCCGAGAGCUGGUCCAGAAGGCACAAACCAAAGAACAGGCUGACUUUGCAAUUGAAGCCUUGGCCAAGGCCAUGUAUGACCGUCUGUUUCGCUGGAUCUUGGCACGCGUCAACAAGGCUCUAGAUAAGACAAAGCGCCAAGGAGCCUCUUUUCUGGGCAUCUUAGACAUUGCUGGGUUCGAGAUCUUUGAGGAUAACUCAUUCGAGCAGCUGUGCAUCAACUACACCAAUGAGAAACUGCAACAGCUCUUCAAUCACACUAUGUUCAUCCUGGAGCAGGAGGAGUACAAGAAGGAAGGGAUCGAGUGGAGCUUCAUUGACUUUGGUUUGGACCUCCAGCCCUGCAUUGAGCUCAUUGAGAGACCAAACAAUCCUCCAGGUAUCUUGGCUCUGUUAGAUGAGGAGUGCUGGUUUCCAAAGGCAACAGAUGUUUCCUUUGUCGAAAAACUUACAAACACUCACUCAAGCCACUGCAAAUUCUCUAAACCUAAGAAUCUCAAGGAGAAGACUUUCUUUACUGUGCAACAUUAUGCUGGCAAGGUGGAUUAUAAUGCCACAUCUUGGUUGACUAAAAACAUGGACCCACUCAACGACAAUGUCACGGCCCUGCUGAGUAAUUCUUCCAGUGCAUUUGUGCAGGACAUCUGGAAAGAUGUGGAUCGUGUGGUGGGUUUGGAAACCAUGGCUAAAAUGGCUAAGUCUGAUGGCGCAGCUCCUGCUGCUUCCAAGUCCAAGAAAGGCAUGUUCCGCACCGUAGGACAGCUGUACAAAGAGUCUCUUGGCAAGCUCAUGACGACUCUCCAUAACACUCAACCGAACUUUGUACGCUGCAUCAUCCCCAACCAUGAAAAAAGGGCUGGCAAGAUAGAUGCCCACCUGGUUCUCGAGCAGCUGCGCUGUAAUGGUGUACUGGAAGGGAUCCGCAUCUGUCGGCAGGGCUUUCCCAAUCGCAUCGUGUUUCACGAGUUCCGCCAGCGCUAUGAGAUCCUAGCUGCUGGGGCUAUUCCUAAAGGAUUCAUGGAUGGAAAACAAGCCAGUACCCUUUUGAUCAAACACCUAGACUUGGAUCCCAACCUGUACCGGAUUGGUCUGAGCAAGAUAUUUUUCCGCACAGGAGUAUUGGCACAGCUGGAGGAAGAACGUGACCUGAAACUGACUGAUAUCAUAAUCGCCUUUCAGGCUCAGACUCGAGGCUUUCUUGGCCGAAAGGCAUUCAGCAAGAAACAAAAGCAGCUGACAGCCAUGAAAGUGAUUCAGAGGAACUGUGCUGUUUAUCUGACACUCAGGAACUGGCAGUGGUGGAGACUUUUCACUAAAGUCAAACCCCUGCUUCAGGUGACUCGUCAAGAUGAGGAGCUGAAUCAAAAGGAGGAGGAGCUUCAGAAAGCCAAAGACAUUGCCCAGAAGUCUGAAGCUGAACUUAAAGAGAUCACACAGAAACACGACCAGGUGGUAGAGGAGAGGAACCGGCUUCAAGUGAAACUACAGGAGGAGGCAGAGUUAUACGCAGAGUCUGAGGAGGUGAGGAUACGGCUGGAGACCAAGAAGCAAGAGCUGGAAGAAGUGCUGCGUGAGAUGGAGGCUCGACUUGAGGAGGAGGAGGAGCGAAGCCAGGUCUUUCAGCAAGAGAAGGCGAAUCUGCAACAACAGCUCAAGGAUUUAGAGAAACAUUUAGCGGAAGAGGAAAAUGCCAAACAGAAGCUUCAACUGGAAAGUGGGGCUGCAGAUGGAAAGAUUAAGAAACUUGAGGAAGAUCUUUUCAUUGUGGAAGAUCAAAACAGCAAGUUGCAGAAAGAGAAGCAACAGUUGGAGGAGCGGUUAGCUGAGUUCUGCUCCAACCUUACUGAGGAGGAAGAGAAAUCCAAAAACUUGACUAAACUAAAGGCUAAACAUGAAUCUAUGAUUUCAGAUCUUGAAGUUCGUAUGAAGAAGGAAGAGAAAAGUCGGCAGGAUGUAGAGAAAGCCAAACGUAAACUGGAGACUGAGUAUAAUGAUCUACAGGAACAACUAAAAGAGGCGCAAACCCAGAUAGCCGAACACAAGACACAACAAGCCAGAAAUGAAGUGGAAAUUCAGGACCUUCAGUCAUGCAUGGAAAAAGAGUCAGCUCAGAAGAGCAGUGCUCUGAAAAAGAUACAGGAAAUGGACGGGCUUGUCUCAGAGCUUCAAGAUGAGCUUGACGCUGAGCGGGAAACUUGUAGAAAGUCAGAAAAGGCCAGAAAGGAGCUGGAAGAAGAGCUGUCGGCCUUGAAGACCGAACUGGAGGACUCACUAGACACCACAGCAGCACAACAAGAGCUACGGGCUAAGAGGGAGCAGGAGGUGGCCAUGCUGAAGAAGCUGAUAGAAGACGAAGGCCGAAGCCAUGAGUCUCAAGUGAAUGAGAUGAAACAAAAACAUGCUCAGGAUCUAAAUGAACUUAGUCAACAGCUAGAGCAAACCAAACGGGCCAAGGCCAGUCUGGAGAAAGCCAAACAGGCCUUAGAGAAGGAGGUUGUAGACUUGAAUGGAGACCUUCGCUCGCUGGGUAAUGCCAAGCAGGAUGUGGAACAGAAGAAGAAAAGGGCAGAGGCCCAGCUUGCUGACCUUCAGACUCGCUUCAGUGAGAGUGAAAAGAAGAGGGAAGAGCUUGGAGAUGCAGUGUCCAGACUCACUAUGGAGUAUAACAAUGUGAAUAGCAUCCUCAACGAGGCAGAGGGCAAGAACAUUAAGCUGAGUAAAGAUGUUGCCAGUCUCAACUCACAGCUCCAGGAUACACAGGAAUUACUUGGUGAGGAAACCCGUCAAAAACUUAAUUUUUCCACACGGCUACGUCAAACAGAGGAUGAGCGAAACAGUCUGCUGGAACAAAUAGAAGAAGAGGCAGAGGCCCGAAGGAAUGUGGAGAGACAGGCCUCCAGUCUUACCACUCAGUUGUCAGAUGCAAAGAAGAAGCUGGAUGAGUACUCCAGCAAUUUCCAAAUGCUUGAAGAAAGCAAGAGACGGCUACAGAGGGAUCUGGAGGCCACACUUGGAGAGUUUGAGGAGAAAACUACAGCUUAUGACAAGCUAGAGAAGACCAAGAAUCAUCUUCAACAAGAGUUGGAGGAUGUGCUGAUGGACCUGGACAACCAGAGACAGCUGGUUUCAAAUCUGGAUAAGAAACAACGGAAAUUCGACCAGAUGCUUGCUGAUGAGAAGACCGUCUCCAGCAAGUAUGCUCAGGAGCGUGACUGUGCAGAGGCAGAGGCACGGGAGAAAGAGACCAAAUGUUUGGCCCUCACUCGAGCACUUGAAGAAUCCCAGAGCUCCUUACGAGAGUUAGAGAAACUCAAUAAGAUGCUUCGCUCUGAGAUGGAAGAUCUGAUCAGUUCAAAGGACGACGUGGGCCGAAAUGUCCAUGAGCUGGAGAAGGCAAAGCGUGGAUUGGAGGCUCGAGUGGAAGAGAUGAUGAUUCAGAUGGAGGAACUCGAGGACGAAUUACAGACUGCGGAGGAUGCUAAACUCCAUUUGGAAGUCAAUAUGCAGGCCCUCAAAGUCCAACUUCAAAGAGACCUGCAGGCCAGAGAGGAGCAAAGUGAAGAGAAGAGAAAACAACUGCUCAAGCAGGUACGUGAGCUUGAGACUGAGCUAGAAGAUGAGCAGAAAAUGAGAACUUCAUUGGCAGCAGCCAAAAAGAAACUUGAGGGGGAUUUGCAGGACCUUGAAGACCAAGUUAACGGAAUCAGCAGGGCGAGGGAUGAUGCGAUUAAACAGCUCCGCAAGACUCAGACGCAGGUGAAAGAUUCCCAGAGGGAGCUGGAAGAUGCGAGAGCAUCCCAAAAGGAGGUUCUUUCCGAAGCUAAAGAAUCUGAGAGAAAGGGCAGAGCCAUGGAGGCAGAAAUCUUACACCUACAGGAGGAACUGGCUACAGCAGAGAGAGCUCGCAAACAAGCUGAGCGAGAGAGAGAUGAGGUAGCAGGGGAGAUGGCAAGUGGCUCAUUUGGAAAAUCUGGCAUGUCCGAUGAGAGGCGGCGUCUGGAAGCCAAGAUUCAACAUUUGGAAGAGGAACUUGAUGAGGAACAGGCAAACACGGAGACGCUCAAUGAGAGACUGCGGAGAAGUGUCCAGGAGGUGGAUCAGCUGAACAGCGAGCUGCAUGUUGAACGCUCCAAUGCUCAGAGGAUCGAGAGUGGCUGGCAGCAAAUGGAGAGGCAGAACAAAGAGCUGAGAGCCAAGCUGCUGGAGAUGGAGGGACAGAUCAAGUCCAAGCAACGGGCCUCUGUAGCUGCACUAGAGACCAAGCUACAACAAAUGGAGGACCAACUGGACCAUGAGAGCAGGGAGAGACAAGCAAUUGCCAAGGCCAUGCGUCAGAAAGAUAAGAAACUGAAGGAACUGACGUGUCAGAUAGAGGAUGAACGAAAACAGACGGAGCAAUUUAAGGACCAAGCUGAAAAGGCAAAUCUGCGAGCAAGGCAGCUUAAGUUGCAGGUGGAAGAAAUCGAUGAGGAAUCUCAGCGUGCCACAGUUGCCCGUCGUAAACUUCAGAAAGAGCUGAACGAGGCCACCGAGGCUAAUGACGCCCUGAUCAAAGAAGUGUCUUCACUCAGGAGCAAACUCAGGCGUGGAAAUGACUCAUCUUUCAGCGGUUCGUUAAGGCGUAGUGGAGGUGGGAGCUUUAGAAGAGCACGCAGGAGCAUGAUGGAAACAUCUGAGGUUCUAGAAGACGGGGGUCCGUCUGCUACUUCCAUCCAUCAACCUGAGGAAUCUCAAAAUGAGCCAAUCAACAGCACCAAGAAUGACAACUAAUGAAAUCAUUCCCAACAUUGCUCACUAUUUGCUUUUGCCAUACUUUAAUGAUAAUUUAUGCUUAUUUAAUCUUUUAUCUCCUAAAACAAGGUUUGGUAUUUAAGUCUUCUUCACUGAUUCCAACAACUGACUAAUUCUAAUAGGGUUGUACAAGCAAACAAAUUUCUAUCACCAUGGUUUUUGAACAUGUACCAUAGCACUACCAUGUUUCAUGAUCUCUUAAGUGUCACAGUACAGAUCCAAGUACUACAAAGUGAUGCCGCAAAAGGGAUACUACACUGUGCCAUGGUAAUUUCUUUUUGAGCAUUAAGAGGGUAAUUCACUGCUUUAAUAAGAUUUAGCUGUCAAGUAAAAAUUGAUGAUACAUGACUAGAGAAACUAGAGGAAAAAGUGCUGUGGCAUUCCCUUUUGCAAAAAACUUAAACACCCAUAAUGCAUUUUUAAUCCACUCUCCAUGGGCAGGAUCACAAAAAUGAGGAAGUUCGAUCUGUAGUUGUGACAAAGUCUGCCAGAUGAUGCAAAAUGACAACUACAACUGCAGGUUGAACUUCUGGAUUCCUGCUGAAAAAUGAAAUGGGAUAUCUGGGUGCAGGUAACAUGGAAAAGAGUACACAUUAUUUAUUUACAUAUAUUACAAACACGGUAACAAUGCAAAGCAGCUGGAUGGAAAUCUGCAAACUUAUCCUUUAAAGAGAUGCUUUGGAAAAAAAAUUGGAUCAUUAAAUACUUUUCC